AGGCGUUAUAGGUUAUUAAUUGCUUUUUCUUCCCUUUUCGUAAACGCGAAUCUGCCAAAAUAAGUAUCAGGGUUGUAGUUUAUCGACCACCGAAGCCUUAAAAAAAGCAUUGAUCAUCAGUGAUCGGGUCAGCUCCAAAUCGAUGACCGGCAGCCAAACUUCAAACUUGGCGAAAGCUCGCAAAAUAAAAUAAAAGCCUAUCAAGUAAAACAAAGAGAAAGAACCAGCGGUGAAAAGAGAAAGAGAGCAAAUAAACAAACUUAUAUAUACGUUGGAAUUUCGAACCUAACAGUUCACGGUGAACAGUUGAGCAGAGACAAGCUUCGGUCGACCCGACAGUGUUGAUAAUCUCUUCUUACUCCGGUAGGAACGAACCUGACAUACAAAGUGUUACUAGACAAGGUUUGUAGGUCAGUCUGGUCGACGUGCGACGUAAUAAAAGAGUGAAAGUACAAGGUAGCAAACAAACAUGAAGACAACGUUGGUGUACAGUGUGUUAGUACUGCUGAUAGUGUCGAUCCCUCAGAACGUGAGUGAAUUUUCAUGCGAAUUACGCACGGGCAAGACUUCAAAGGCGCCAUCGAUCAGUGCACCAAGGAGUUCGACAUGGAUAUGGAUGUGGUGAUCUCGCUCAAGUAUGGAGAUUUCAGUGAACGUGACCCGCUGAUUGAGUGCUUUACCGAGUGUCUGAUGAAACGGUCGGGAUUUAUGUACGACGAUUUCACCUACAACAAGACGCUGAUCAUCGGUUUCGCCGGGCGAUAUCUGGAACCGGAGGGGGCACAAAACGUUUACGACAACUGCAUCGACAGAUUUGGCACGACGGUAUGUGUAACCGGAUUCGAGAUGUAUCAGUGUAUCCACGAAACCGCCGUUUCCGAAUGGGUGGAAAGCAAUUUCUAGCCGCCACAGAAGACACCAUACCCAGCUGUGUGUACCUCUGCUGACUGCUGGUUUGAGUGAUAUGAUUGGACGUCCAAUUGUUUUAUUUCGUUAGGUGUUAAUGAUUUCAUCGGAACUUAUUUAUUAGUUUUCUUCUAUUGUUAUUUAUUGAAUAGUAUUUAUUUUCCUCCUAUUUUUUAGUUUGAUUAUGAGUAUGCAUUGGCAUAGAAAUAAGCAAAGACGAUAAAAGCUUUAAUAGUAUAUAUCAGGUUAUUGAAACUCGAAUGGUCACAUGUCAUAUCACAUACAAACAUUUUCAUGGUGAAAUCAUUGAAAUAUCGCAGUACAUCCAUAUAGUUCUUAACAGAAUAUAUGUACAGUUAGCAAUAGUUUAAGAUAAUUAGUACAAUAAGCAACCGAAAGUGUGGUAGAAUAUAACAUCUUUAAUUUGUAACUACAAGGUUCUAAAUCAA